AUGAAUUUAGACGAAGAUUAUUCGUAUCCAAACUCAGAAGAUGAAGAUGUUAAUGUCGUUUGUCAUAUUCCUCAUAAAGAAGCCAAAGCAUCCGUUUCAUUAACUGUUCAACAGCAAAAACCAAGAUUACCACAACAUACAGGUUUCAAGCCAACAAAUCCAGUAUUCUAUCCAAAGUUGAAGUUUGUUAAGCCAGAUCUUACGGAAGGUGCCGAAAAUAAGCUAUGGGUUAAGAUGCCAAGCACAAGAGAUACAUUUUUCAAUUAUGGUUUCACGGAAGAAGUUUGGGAAGCAUACAAGUUCAAACAACUGGAACUCAGAAGAAUAUUUGCCAAGAAAUCACGUCAUCGGGAUGCUGCUAAGACCGAAGAAAAAACCGAAAAGAAGGACGAAAAGGAAUCACGAUAA